CUUACAGUAUCUCGGAAUCCCCAGACCCCAUCCAAGGGGCAAUGCAAACGUCGCCAGUUGGCAGGAUGACACCGGGAAUCUUGGGGUAGGAGAUUUGGCGAGCUAUCUGGUCGGUUAUCCGGGCCAAGCAUUGCCACAAGCUGAGCUGUGUCUGUUAGAAGGAAAUACAACCAACUACACACCCUGCUGGGGAGCGCUCAAAGAUGUGGUGGCCGGUUACAACCACGGCAGAAAAUGAGUACUUAAAUGCGGCCCUUCCACGCGGCCGUUUCUUCUCCCAGUACUAUCAACCACUACCUGCACAAUGAACUUUGCUCUUUAACAUCACUUGAUAAAACAAUGACUGCCUUGCUUCCGUCGUCACAAGAACAUGUUAAGGUGGCUGCGACAACAUCCGAUGCAGACCAAGCCCUAGCUAUUCUAGGAUAUACAAAUGAGCUCAAGAGAAGUCUGUCAAUAUGGACCAUCCUAGGACUAUCGGUAGCCAUCAUGGCAGUUCCCGCCGGCCUCUCUGUAACCCUCUACAUCACCCUUAUCAACGGACAGUCCGUUACCAUGCUUUGGGGCUGGGCUUUUGUGACCCUCGUCUCGGUUUGCACAGCCGCCUCGCUCGCCGAAAUCUGUGCCGUCUACCCAACCGCGGGCGGACCGUACUUCUGGUCGGCCAUGGUGUCCAACCACAAGCAUGCCGCCCUCGCUUCCUGGGUCACUGGCUGGCUGAAUCUGGUUGGCAACUUUCUUGCGACCACCAGCAUCAAUUUUGGCGGUGCCCAGGUUGUCCUGGCAGCGGCAACGCUGUGGCAUGAGGAUUACGUGCCGACCGCCUGGCAUACGAUACUGACGUUUUGUGCCUUCACCCUCUUGGCUGCUUCCGUCAACAUUUUCGGAGUCCGAUAUCUCAAUGCUAUCAACGUGGCAGCCAUGUGCUGGAUUUCUGUCUCCAUCGUGGUCCUCAUGACUGUGCUUCUAGGUAUGGCCAAGGACCAACGAACCGCGGGCUUCGUCUUUACCAAUUACAACGCCUCGGCUAGUGGUUGGCCUACUGGAUGGUCAUUCUUUGUGGGAUUGCUCCAGGGGGGUUAUGUGAUGAUGGGGUACGGAAUGGUGGCGUCGCUCUGCGAAGAAGUCGAGAGCCCUCAUCUUCAUGUUCCGAGGGCGAUGGUCAUCUCCGUUGUCGUGUCCGGGGUCUUGGGUCUUCUCUACAUUAUUCCAGUCCUAUUCGUGCUGCCCGACAUUGGCACCCUUUUGGCAGUGACGAGCAACCAGCCGGUUGGCAUCAUGUUCGAAAUGAUCACAGGCUCCAAACCUGCCGCCAUGGGUUUGCUCCUGCUCUUGAUCGGCAUCUUCGUAUUCUGCACCAUUGGGGCGACUAUAGCUGCGAGCCGUUACACCUAUGCUUUUGCCCGCGACGGGGCCAUACCAGGUCAUCGUUUGUGGUCCCGUGUCAACAAAAAGCUCGCAAUGCCGCUCUGGGCAACGUUGCUAAAUGUGGCCGUCAAUAUCCUGCUGGCUGUCAUCUACUUUGGCUCCUCGGCCGCUUUCAACUCCUUUACUGGAACCGCCACUAUCUGUCUAUCAACAUCGUACGCCAUCCCCGUCCUUAUUUCCUUGUGCCGAUCCCGGAACCCGGUUAAGGGGUCUACUUAUUCUUUAGAACCCUUCGGAUUCAUCAUCAAUGCGGUGUCAGUCACCUGGAUAUUCUUCUCCAUUGUUCUGUUCUGUAUGCCCGUUUCGCUUCCUGUCACAGCGAGUUCGAUGAAUUACUCUAGCGUUAUCUUCACAGGGUUCGCCGUCAUCAGCCUGGUGUGGUAUGUUGUAUAUGGCUGUCGUAAUUAUCAAGGACCUAUCGCAAUUAUUGAACAGGACCAUCUUUCGGGCUCUGAGGUUCAUGGGUCUGCCACUGAUUCUCUUCCCAAGAAUGUCAACAAGGGUUAGGAUUCUGGCAUAUCCUCGCCUUCAAUAUAGUGGUGUUUACCUCAAAACAGUUGAAGGAACGUCACAAUAUAGUAUAGUAUGAAUGAAGUGUAUAU